AGGAAAGCUGCCUCGUUUGGAAGACUGCCAGUGGCAAGCAAGGUCCAGCCUCCGUCCUGAAGAGCUUUCUGUGAGCAAGGCUACCUCCCUUUUGGGACUCUGACCAGUGUUCCUCCUGUGUUCUCAGGCUCAAGGAACCUCCAGGUACCUCCCAUGGAUUUGUGAGCAACACAGGCAGCUCUCCGGGGCCCUAGACUGCAGCCCUAGCCAGAGGCAUGCGGCUACCCCGCUUCUCCAGCACUGUAGUGCUUUCGCUCCUGAUAGUACAGACUGGCAUCCUGGUCUUCCUGGUCUCCCGGCAAACGCCAUCGUCCCCAGCAGGCCACGGGGACCAUGUGCACGUGCUGGUGCUGUCCUCCUGGCGCUCGGGCUCGUCCUUUGUGGGCCAGAUCUUCAGCCAGCACCCUGAUGUCUUCUACCUGAUGGAGCCCGCUUGGCACGUGUGGGAUGCGUUGUCGCAGGGCAGUGCCCCCGCGCUUCAAAUGGCCGUGCGCGACCUGGUCCGUUCAGUGUUCCUAUGUGACAUGGACGUGUUCGAUGCCUACCUGCCCUGGCGCCGCAACAUCUCCGAUCUCUUCCAGUGGGCGGUGAGUCGCGCGUUGUGCUCACCUCCGGUCUGCGACGCCUUCGCUCGCGGCAACAUCAGCAGCGAGGAGGUGUGUAAGCCUCUGUGCGCAACACGGCCCUUCGGCCUGGCUCAGGAAGCCUGCAGCUCCUACAGUCACGUCGUGCUCAAGGAGGUGCGCUUCUUUAACCUGCAGGUGCUCUACCCGCUGCUCAGCGACCCUGCGCUUAACCUGCGCAUUGUGCAUCUGGUGCGCGACCCGCGGGCGGUGCUGCGCUCCCGAGAGCAGACAGCCAAGGCGCUGGCCCGGGACAAUGGCAUCGUCCUGGGUACCAAUGGCACGUGGGUGGAGGCUGACCCCCGGCUGCGCGUGGUCAGCGAAGUGUGCCGCAGCCAUGUGCGCAUCGCAGAGGCAGCGUUGCAGAAACCGCCGCCUUUCUUGCAAGAUCGCUACCGCCUGGUCCGCUAUGAAGAUCUGGCCCGGGACCCACUCACCGUAAUCCGUGAACUUUAUGCCUUCACAGGCUUGGGUCUCACGCCACAGCUCCAGACUUGGAUCCACAACAUCACCCAUGGUUCAGGGCCAGGAGCGCGCCGUGAAGCCUUCAAGACCACAUCCAGGGAUGCAAUCAGUGUAUCCCAGGCCUGGCGCCACACGCUGCCCUUUGCCAAGAUUCGCAGGGUCCAGGAGCUAUGCGGGGGUGCACUGCAGCUACUGGGUUACCGGCCUGUGUACUCCGAGCUUGAGCAAAGGGACCUCUCUCUGGACCUCCUGCUGCCAAGAGGCAUGGACAGUUUCAAGUGGGCGUCGUCCAUGGAUAAGCAACCAGAAUCUUAGAAUUUUAGUGGAGAGACCCAACUAUGACAUUAGGGUCUAUUGGAGUAUGAUUUUAAAAUAGGGCUUGGAGAACCCAAAAGCAAGUGGCUGGGAGUGUGAGUGGUCUUGCCCUGUACUGGGAAAGGAUGGAGUCCAAAUCCCACACGUCUUCCUGUCCAGAUUAUACUUUUCCUUUGGGUCCUUUAGGAUUUGGAUUCCCAUCAAGUACUGUCGAAUGGACAGCAAAAGCUGUGCUUACUUCCUUUGGUCACAGGCACCCAGACUCCUACUAAAGCACUUCCUUUCUCUUUGACUUUCUAUCCUCUUUGGUCAUACCAUGCAAUAGCAGAGAAUGGGGUCCCAGGCAUGGUCAGGAGUAGAGGAAAGGCACUGCAGUGGACUGGCUCCUAAAAUUUGUACAUCUGACUCUCAUUUACUCACCCUGACCUCUGCUCAUCCCCCUCCUCACUCCCCAUGCCCAACCCCCGUACCCUAGUCUCGAAGUCCAUCAAAGACUUGGACAGUUAUGUGCAGGGUCAAGGAAGAAUCAGAGACGAUGUCUCUAUGGUUCCCUUUAGAUUCUCUGCCUGACCUUUUAGGGGGAAGCCGGGGCAUACAGCCCCAUGCCUGAGGAGGAUGACUUUUUAGUGAACCUUUGAUUUGUCCUGAGAUGAAAAAUCCUAAUUAUGGAAAUAAACAUAAAUUCGCUUCGUGAUCCA